GGUACUUAUAUCGGGUUUACUUGGGUUGGGAGAGUGAACACGAAAAACUCUAAGCUUUUGACGGCUCUAGCUAGUGAUAAAGAUUUAAACAUUCGAAAUCGACUCCUGGCGCGUUCCAUAUAAUUAUUUAAUAGUUGUUUUGCGUUGUCGUUUGUAAAUCUCGUGUGUGUCCGUGUAAAUGAAAUAAUCAUCGGACAUGGAAGUUGAGGUUGAGGAAAAUGAGAAAAUCCAGAUGUCCGAUGUCCACGACGUCGUCCGCAUUGUCGAGGUGUCCAGCAUUACCGAGGCCCACGUGCCUGUCAGGCUCACUCCGACCGGCAAAAUAAGCCAUGCCAAAUCUCGUGUUUACACACAGCGUUAUCGCAAAGAAUGGGAAGAUAUGUCCGAUUUCAAGGAUUGGCUGACAUCAGUGCCUGAUCAGCUAACCCGAGCUUAUUGCAAAUUUUGUGACAGAAACUUGCAUGCACACAGGCUGUCGUUGCUAAAGCAUAUGUGUACUUUGAAGCAUCAACGAGCUGCUGUUCAGUUUAAUAAGAGAGAAGGUCGUAUGUCAAGUGUUGAGACAAUAAAGCGAGAAUAUGCCACUUAUGAUGAUUCCAAUGAUUACGAAGAUGGAGAGAUGUAUGAUGAAACACAAGAGGAAGAAGCCGAGGUAUCCGGGGGAGAAAUGGAAGAAUCUGGUAUCACCAGUGAGUCAGAAAGGGAAAAAGAAGCUAGUACGUCACAAGCUGUGAUUAAUGCUGAUUCUGAAAUUGAAGCAGACACCCAUGAAGUUCAGUUACAAAUGGUUGUUGAUUCUGAAAAUGAUGGACAUGACGAAGAUGAUGGAGAUUACGAAAACAAUGAACAAUUUUAUGAAGUUGAACAACAAAAGGACGUAAGUGACAAUUCUCAAUCGAAUGAAGUAAUACAAGAAGUUGUUAAUAGCAACGAAAGGACAAAGGGUAAUCCUGAUUCUAAAAAGAUGUACAUUUUGGUAAAGGGUUCACUUAUUUCUCCAAAAUUAAGUCCAGUCGUAAGUAAAGCACAAGCCAGUAAAAAAAUAUGUGAAAUAAACACUGUACCCACGACCAGUACUCCUAGAAAGACGUCUGUCACUGAAACAAAUGAUAGUGAAGAAGCUUUAAAUAAGAAUACUAAUUUGAAAAAAGUAAUUACUAAAACACUCAAAAGUUCUACGUUGAGUACACACGUUUUAGAUACGUGCAAAGGGGUUCCUGUCAAUGGGUUGCAAGUAAUCCUCUACAGAUUAAAGGAUGGAAGAUGGAUCUUUGUUCAUGAAAGUACUACAGCUGCUGAUGGAAUGUGCAAUGAUUUUUCAAAAAUACUUUCUCCUGGACGUUAUAAGUUCCACUACGACGUUGAAAAAUACUACAAUACGAGAAAAAUUGGUACUAUUUUUCCAUUCAUAGAAAUAGUUUUUGAUAUCAAAGAUCCUCAAAAAAAAUAUCACAUCCCACUGAUGCUCACUCCAUACAGUUAUAGUACAUACCGAGAUAUAUUAAGAUAAAAGCUUUUUGUCGUAAAAACGAUUCUUAGGCUCUUGAUAAAUAUACGUAAAUGUAAAUAUAGUUUGAAAACUGAUACGGAUAAGUAAGCAAGUAAAAUUAUGUACGUACUACUAUUGCCUGCUGUGUUAAAAAACUGUUUUUCAAAAUGCCACAGUAUGUAUCAUAUAAUUCUUAGGAUUAGUGGCAUCAUUAAUAUUAUGUGUAGUGAUUGUAAGUUGGCUAAACUUUACUUCAACGGUGUUAGGUCCAGCUCAAACUCAAGUAAAAAAAAUAGCUUUUAACAUGUAUAGUGCUUAGUCAAUUGAAAGAUUUCUACUCAAAAGCUGUAAUUAAAGAAAAAAAAAAUAAAUUAAUUUUGAUAGAUCUAUAAAUAAGUUUGAUAUGGCUUAAAAUAUUGGCUAGCAUAUUGAACACAAAUAAAAAAUCUUUGAGCCUAAUGUACAACUUAAACUGAACAAAUAAAUAAACGCGAAUAAAUUAUAAUAUCCAAAGGUUUUUAACCUAAUAUUUUUUUUUUAACUGUCCAGAUAUAUUGAUUAGAAUAUUUGUUUACUAUUUUUUCAGUAAAAAUGAUAAACUCUUAUUUUUGAGUUGAGAAGUUCUGUAAAGCCAACCAUGUAAAGUAAAUUGUAGAAGUAAUUAUUUGUGUUAAUAAUGUUGAGCCUUACC